AUGAGUAUACAAGGAUAUGAAAACUCCAUUGUUGUUGAAAUAGAGAGAUUUAUUAUGUGGUUGAUGAGAUGGGAUAUAACCAUAAUAUUUAAUUUUUUCAAAAUGCAACAAGAAGAUAAUGAAAAUCCAAUCGAUUAUUUUUUAAAUUCUCAUUAUCUAAGAUCAAGUGUAUACAUUCAUGUUGGAUUUAGAAGAGAAAUUUUAGUGCAAUUGGAACAUUUUAAAAAACUACAAGCUAGAAUUAAAACAGUGACACAAGAGUCUGAAAGAUACAAAGAGACAUCAAAAUAUUUUAGUGAAGAAAUGAAAAAGUAUCAAGAGAUGGUUCAGGAAUUAAACCAAGAUAGAGAGUCAAUGAUGGAAAUGAUGGAUAGAGUCAAACAAGAGAGAUCACGUUUCAUGACAGAAAAUUCCAAGAACCAACAAAUGUCAAUUGAAAUGUCACAACUACUGGAGAUGGAAAGAAACAAGAUCCAAUCGCUAUCAAAUAAAUUGGACAAUGACAAUAAAAAGUGGGAGGAUCGUAUCAACCAUUUCUCGGCUGAAAAGAAAAAGUUGGAAUCAAUGACUGAAUCAUUAGAGAAUGAUCGUAAGAGAUGGAAAGAUAUAGCCGAUGAAAUUGACCAAAACAACUCCAAGCUGUCAUCUGAUUUAAAAAACAACAAGGAAAAGUAUAAGAAAUUGGAAGAGAGAUUUCAGGUCUAUGAAAAACUCACCAAACAAAUGUUCAAGUUUAUCAAAUCAGAUACUGGUAGAGACAUAUUCUAUGCCUAUUGCAAGAGAAACAAGGUCUAUGUUCCAGAAGAUAUUGAUCAAUACGAUGAUUUGUUGGAUAUCCUAGAGGUUGAUGACUGUGUAGACUAUGUCAUUGAAAAACAAUCUCCAGCCAUUCAAGACAAGCAUAGACCUUCCACCAAUCUACUUGAAGAAUCAUUUAGUGAAUUGGCUCAAUUACCAAGUCCAUUAAGUAGAAACAAAAUUUUGGAAUUUAAUCAAGACGAAAAAGAAGAAUAUGAUGAAGAUGAAGAAUAUGAUGAUGAUGAAGAACAUGAUGAUGAUGAUGAUGAUGAUAAAGAAGAAUAUGAUGAAGAUGAUGAUGAAAAGUCUGAAGAUUCAGAUGAUUGGGUUCUCGAACCAAUUAAAAAAGCUACACCAACCAAAUCAUUGGAAUUUCCACAACCACAAGUGGGUGGUCGUGUUGCCAUAUCAGAGAAUCCACAUCAAGAAAAGGAUAACAACAACAACAAGGACAAUUUAAAUAUUCAAUUCUCUUCAAUGACUUUAUCAGUCAAUGAAAAAAAAAAGAAUCUCUAA